AUGACUACUCUUGACAUUCCUCAAAUUAAAAAUGUUCUCCGUGAUUUUUUCAAAUCGUUUUAUGAAGAAGUUAGUGAUGGUACUGGUGGUAAAAAAAAGCAUUUUGUUUAUGAUGAACAAAUUUCAAAAUUAGCUAGUCGUAGUAGUAAUGUAUUUUAUCUUGCAUUAGAUGACUUAAAUGAAACAAAUCCUGAUUUGGUUGAUAAAUUUUCGAAUAAUUCGGUAAGGUUUCAACGUAUAACAAAUGAAGUUAUAGAUGAAUUGAUAAAUGAAAAACGCGGAAACGAACUUCCAGAAGCAAAAGAUGCUCUUGAUGCCUAUUUAAUUCAAAGAAUACGUGAAGAAAGACAUAUAAAAACAUUACAAGAUGAAAAUAUGCCUCUUCAAGAUAGUAAGAGAAAGUUUCCUCCAGAGUUGUUAAGAAGAUAUGAUAUUGCAAUUAAAACACCAUCUAGCGAUAAACCAUUUGCUGUUCGUAAUGUUAAAUCAAAGUACAUCGGAAAACUUAUAACAGUCACUGGAAUAGUUAUUCGUGCAACUGAUGUUCGCCCAUUAACAUCUGUUCUAACAUAUUCAUGUGACACUUGUGGUUGUGAAACAUAUCAAACAGUUAAAGGUCCAUCCUUCCAACCUGCUAUUGAAUGUCCAAGUAGAGAAUGUCAAGAAUCCCGUGGAGCCGGAAGAUUGACAAUGCAAAUUAGAGGUAGUAAAUUUACUAAAUUCCAGGAAAUUAGAAUUCAAGAAUCAUCUAAUCAAGUACCUAUUGGAAGUAUUCCAAGAUCUAUGACCAUUAACCUAUUUGGAGAACAAUGCCGUGAAGUUGUGCCUGGAGAUUCAGUUAGAGUAAGUGGAACUUUACUGCCUAUUAUGAGUGGACAGGGUGAAAGACAUACUGGCAGUUUGGUAACUGACACUUUCUUGCAAGCAACAGAUUUAGAAAAGUUAAAUACUGAUGACACAGUUGAUGAUGAAAAUAGUAAAUUUACAGAAGAAGAGUUAGAACUUGCAAGUAAGCCUGACAUUUAUGAUCAGUUAGCAUAUUCAAUUGCUCCUGAAAUUUAUGGUCAUAUUGAUGUAAAGAAAUCAUUACUUUUAGCUCUUGUUGGAGGUGUUGAUAAAAAUGCAGCAGGAAUGAAGAUUAGAGGAAACAUCAAUGUUAUACUUAUGGGAGAUCCAGGUGUUGCUAAGUCUCAACUUCUUGGUUAUGUUGAUCGUCUUGCAGUUAGAUCUGCUUAUACAACAGGUCGUGGUUCUUCAGGAGUUGGUUUAACGGCGGCUGUUAUUAAAGACCCAAUUACUGGAGAAAUGACAUUGGAAGGUGGUGCUCUUGUAUUAGCUGAUGGAGGAAUUUGUUGUAUUGAUGAAUUUGAUAAGAUGCUUGAAGGUGAUCGUACAGCUAUUCAUGAAGUAAUGGAACAGCAAACUAUUUCUAUUGCAAAAGCUGGAAUCUUAACAACAUUAAAUGCUAGAACAUCAAUUAUUGCAGCUGCUAAUCCAGCAUAUGGAAGGUUUAAUCCAAAACGUAGUAUAGAAGAAAAUCUUCAACUUCCUGCUGCUUUACUUUCAAGAUUUGAUAUUUUAUGGCUUAUUCAGGAUAAACCAUCAAGAGAAAAUGAUAAACGUCUUGCUUCACAUAUUACUUUUGUUCACAUGAAUGAAAAGCAACCAGAACAAGAUGGAAGAGUUCCUUUGUCGAUGAGUUUCAUGAGGAAAUACAUUGCUAUAUGUAAAAAGAAAAAUCCUACAGUUUCUCCAAAUCUUAGUAAAAGACUAGUUGAUAUGUAUGUUGAUCUCCGUAAACACGCACGUAUAUCCAAUGAUUCUACCUACACUUCACCUCGUGUUCUACUGGGUGUAAUCAGAAUGGCUACAGCUGUUGCACGUGUACGAUUAGCUGAUGAGGUAACUAUGGCUGAUAUUGAAGAAGCUAUUAGACUUAUGGAUGUUUCUAAAUCAUCAUUGCAUCCAGAUGACAUCAGAGGAGUUAACCGUUAUGAACAUGUUUGGGACAACGUAUUUGAAAUUAUAAGAGAUAUUAAAAAUUCUUCAGUUGCUGAUAUGGCAGUUUCAUUGAGUGAAGUUGUUGGUAAAUCUAAGAACAAAGGUAUUAGGGAGAAAGAUGUUGAUGAAGCAAUAAAACAUUUUUCGAAGCAGGGUGUUCUUUUCAUGGAUGAAAGUAAAAAAAUUCAUGUAUUUUAA